UUCACCAAGCACAACACACAACACGGAGGGCUAUAAAGGUGGGCAGCCCCGGCCCCUCACACACACUCCCUCACACACUCCCUCACACUCACUCACACACUCAUCCUCCUCCAGCCCCACCGCCCACACCAUGGCCGCGCCCGCCCUGUCCACCUGCUCCGGUGACCUGAGCUACGGCAACCGGGUCUGCCUGCCCGGUCCCUGUGACUCCUGCACCGGCUCCUCCUGGCAGGUGGACGACUGCCCAGAGAGCUGCUGCGAGCCCCCCUGCUGUGCCCCGGCCCCCUGCCUGAGCCUCCUCUGUGCCCCAGCGAGCUGUGAGCCCUGCCCCUGCCCAUCUGCCUGCACCAGCUCCUGCACGGCCUUGUGCUGCCCACAGUCUAGCUGCCAGCCCUCCUGCUGCACCUCCUCCCCCUGCCAGCAGGACUCCUGUGAGCCUGUGUGCUGCAGGCCUGUGUGCUGCAGGCCCGUGUGCUGCAGGCCCGUGUGCUGCACACCUGUGUGCUGCAGGCCCGUGUGCUGCAGGCCCGUGUGCUGCACGCCUGUCUGCUGCAGGCCCGUGUGCUGCAGGCCCGUCUGCUGCAGGCCCGUGUGCUGUGAGCCCACCCUCUGCCCCUCGUCCUGCUGCAGACCCUCCUCCUCCGUGUCCCUGCUCUGCCGCCCUGUGUGCAGACCCGCCUGCUGUGCCCCCGCCCCCUCCUGCCAGCCCAGCUGCUGCCGCCCGGCCUCCUGCGUGUCCCUGCUCUGCCGCCCCAGGUGCUCCCGCCCCAUCUCCUGCGUCCCCGACUCAGCCUAGAAGUCCGGCUGCUGACCGGGCAGGUCCCCAGCUCCUCCUAGGACCAACUCUGACUUCCAUCUGAAAUCUCUGGAGCCCUGAGCCCAGUCUCAGGGCUCCUUCUGCUCCAGAACCCCUCACUUCUGCUGCCUGGGCUGAGCCCUCACUGCCCGCUGGGCUGGCCCCGAGUUUCCUCCGAGUUCUGACCUCACCAAGUGUCCUCCUCUCCAUCCUUGUUGGAUUGUGCAUUUUGUUCUGCCCCAUGUGGGUGGUCAGUCUGUUAACAAAUAAAGUCAUUGCC